AACGCUGCGUACCAUAGCAGUGAUAGAUAGCAAUGGCAUGUCCUUGUCCCGGUGAUCCAAUUUAGAUUCUUUGCCCAAUUAUCCCCAACCCCAGGCCAAAUUCACAGCGUUCUGUUCUUUUGGGAGGGGAAGACGGCGGUGAAUGCUCAGAAGAAGAUGGACGCCGACCACCGCGGGCUCGGGGCCUUAAGGAGACCGAUCUUAGAGGACGAUGAGGUGUCUUGUUCGAAUCGGGGCUCGGAAGCGCGGGAGCACGAGGUGCACAAGGCGGCGAGUCACUGCUCCGAUAAGGCACUCAAAGUCAUCUUGUGCCUGCAGUUCUUGGAGGUCACUGCAUUCUACGGGGUCUACCUGAGCUUGAUCGUGUAUCUUCAGGACGUUCUCCGUGGCGACAGUGCUUCCAAUGUGGCAACCGUCAACUCCUGGGCCGGCGUCAGCUACCUCAUGCCCCUGCUCGGCGCCGCCGUUGCCGAUUCCUACUGGGGAAAGUACAAGACGGUGCUGAUCGGCCUCUCCAUUUCAAUCGUCGGAUUAGCCAUGGUCACCACUUCAGCUACGCUGCCGUCUCUGAGGCCGUCGCCGUGUGCACCGGCGACUCUCGGCCAGAAGCUGGUCUUCCUUUCGGGCAUAUACCUGUGCGCCGUCGGAAUCGGCGCGUCCAAGGCUGUUUUCAUGUCGUUCGCGGCGGAGCAAUUUGACGACGGGGACGAUGACGGCAAGAAGGCCAAGGCGUCCUACUUCAGCUGGUACUACGCGGUAGCCAACAUGGGCAUGCUAACCGCUGGGACGCUGCUUGUUUGGGUCGAGGACAAGGUGAGCUGGGGGCUCGGCUACGGCAUCUGCGGGUUGUUCGUGGCUGUCGUCGUCGUGGGCCUCGCCGCCACGGCGCCCAUGUACCGGAUGCUGCCUCCAGUGGGCAGCCCGUGGAAAGGCGUCUUCCAAGUGCUAUGCGCGCUCUCUCGCAAGGUAAAACUCAAGGUACCUGAUGAUGCCGCUCAACUGUACGAGGAGGAGGAUGUCAAGAACCCGUUGCUGCAUCCUGUGCAUGAACGAUUGCAGCACACUGGCCAGUUCAGGUUCUUGGACAAGGCUGCCAUUGUCAUGGACGACGACCUGGAUCAGCACGGCAACCGGCCAUGGAGGCUGUGCACGGUGACGCAGGUGGAGGAGCUCAAGACCCUGCUGCGGCUGAUCCCGAUAUGGCUCACCUCGGCCGUGUACUUCGUCGCCAACACGCAGGCGCAGACCACGUUCGUGCAGCAGGGCACCAAGACAGCAGACUCCCACAUCCCGGCCGCGUCGCUCACGUCCGUCGAGACGGUUUGCGUCGCCGCCUACGUCGCGCUCUACAACAGCUGUGUCUCCACGAAGCCGGCCUGGCGCCUCACGCCGCUUCAGCUCAUAGGGCUUGGGCACGCCACGGCGGCCCUCGCGGUGGCCGUGGCAGCGGGCACCGAGGCGCGCAGGCUGCGGAUGGCCCAGGAUCAUCAGCUUAUGGGAAUAGCGUGGCUGCUGCCGCAGUACGUGGUGAUGGCGGUCUCGGAUGCGUCGCUCUCCGUGGGGCAGCUGGACUUCUUCUACGACCAGUCGCCGGAGAUGAUGAAGGGCGUGUCCACGGCGUUCUACUUCGUGUCCGUGUCGCUGGGAAAUCUCAUCAACUCACAGCUGGUGAUGCUAGUCGCGUCCGUCACUGCGACGGGAGGCGGGACGGGCUGGUUUCCACCGGAACUGGAUGAUGGGCACCUAGAUUACUACUUCGUGCUUGUUGUUGCCGUUACCGUGGUGAACUUCGCUGUUUUUGUGGCCCUCGCCAAGAACUACACGCCCAAGACGGUCAGAUAAUCCUCCAUGCGCUCUCUAACUAGCACUGUGGCCCUAAUAUUUUGCGAGGGCAAAUAUGUACGUUUAUAUUAUGAGAUGAUUAUUAACAUA